AUGCCACAUCGCACUCUCACUCGGGAUGAAGUCUCCAAAAACAACACCGAGGAAUCCCUCUGGUUCAUCAUUGAUAGCAAAGUCUACGAUGUCACCGAGUUUGUAGAUGCACACCCAGGCGGAGAAUCCGUCUUAAAGCAAGUCGCAGGUACAGACGCAACUGAAGCAUUCUACAAUCUACAUAGACAAGAAGUCCUACAAAAAUACUCCAAUCUAUGUAUCGGCACGAUCGAAGGCGAAAAAUCACAAGUUAUUGAACAGAAUAUUGGAGACUUGAGUGUUAUACCAUAUGGAGAACCUACAUGGUUGACUCCACAAUUUAAGAGUCCUUAUUAUAAGGAAAGUCAUAGGAGGUUGCAGAAGGCGAUGAGAGUGUUCACAGAUAAAUAUGUUACACCUGUUGCGCAGGAGUGUGAGAAGACAGGAGCACAUAUCCCACAACAUCUAAUCGAUAGAAUGUCGAAGGCGGGCAUUUUGCAUAUGAGGUUGGGUCCAGGAAAACAUUUGCAUGGAGUUGACCUAAUGGGUGGCGCUGUGAAGGGGGAGGAAUUUGAUUACUUUCAUGAUAUGAUUGUUGGUCAGGAGAGUGUUCGCGCCAAUGCGAGAGGAUUUCAAGAUGGUAACAUGGCAGGUAUGACCAUUUCUCUAACAGCGGUUCUUCAAUUUGCCAACGAUGAGGCAUGGAAGAACAAAAUUGCCGCAGAGGUGUUCAGUGGAAAGAAGAAGAUUUGCUUGGCUAUCACUGAAGCAUUUGCUGGAUCUGAUGUUGCAGGCAUUCGAACAACUGCGGAGAAGACCAAGGAUGGCAAACACUAUAUCGUUAAUGGUACCAAGAAAUGGAUCACUAACGGCGUAUUUUGCGAUUAUUUCGUUACUGGUGUCAAGACAGAUAAGGGACUCUCUGUCGUUUUAAUCGAAAGAGGUGAGGGUGUAGAGACAACACCCAUCAAGACAUCGUAUUCUCCAACAGCUGGAACUGCCUAUAUCACUUUCGAUAAUGUAAAGGUUCCAGUGGAGAACCUCUUGGGUGUUGAAAAUAAGGGUAUUCACGUUAUUCUCAGUAACUUCAACCAUGAAAGAUGGAUGAUGGCUAGUGGCGUCACUCGUAUGAUGCGACUAGCAACAGAAGAAUGCAUCAAAUGGAGUAAUCAACGAUUGGUGUUCGGCAAAAAGUUGACUGAACAACCAGUCAUCCGUCAAAAGCUUGCGAAAAUGAUAUCUCACUGUGAAGCAAACCAAGCAUGGUUAGAAAACAUCACAUAUCAAAUGACACUCAUGCCAUACAAAAAACAAGCUACACAUCUAGCUGGUCCAAUCGGUCUUCUUAAGAUGUUCGCUACACGAUCAGCUCACGAAUGCGCGGAUGAAGCUGUGCAGAUAUUUGGUGGACGUGCACUUACCCAGGGUGGCAUGGGGAAGACUAUUGAGAUGUUCCAUAGAACGUACAAAUUUGAUGCUAUUUUAGGUGGAGCUGAAGAGGUUUUGGGCGAUUUGGGAGUGAGACAGGCGCUCAAAAAUAUGCCAAAGAGUAUGUUGUAG